UGCGACCCGACGCUCCGCCGACGCCGCCGACGCUGCCUGCGACCGCACUCCGCUCCGACCACCUCCACCACACCACCUCCACAGCCGAGAUGCGCUGCGCCGCCGCCGCCCUGUGCCUGCUGGUCGCCCUCGCCGCCCUCUGCGCCGCCGCCGCCCCCGCGGCUCACUACGGCCGCGGCUCCCGCCCCCGCACGAUACGGGGCUUCAAGAACGUGGCACUCUCCACCGCGCGGGGCUUCGGCAAGCGAGACGGCAACCAGCUGGAGGCCGCGCUCGCCGACCGCGACACCACCCUCCCGGACAGCUUCCCUGUGGAAUGGUUCGCCGCCGAGAUGCAGAACAACCCGGAACUGGCUCGCAUGAUCGUCAGCAAGUUCGUGGACGCUAACCAGGAUGGAGAACUGACGGCGGAGGAACUCCUCAGGCCCACUUACUGAGUCCCCCACCUGAAACCUACACAUGCCAUAGGCAUAUUAAGAAACUCCCACACCUCUGAGUCACUUGUUUGUAAUGUCGACAUAUGUGUAUCGUUAUGUUCCAAUAAAAUAACUUUCAAUGUUUCGUAAGAACUUUCCUCUCAUUUUGUUUGCAGAUUUAGACCAGAUCCCUAGCCUUCUAGAAAGUGGUAGCACUUCAUUGCCUGAAUGGAUCUUUUAAAAAAUUUAAACAUUUACACUCUCCUGUUCCUUUCCUUGCAUGCUCUUUUACGACAUUCGAAUAUUUGAAGCAGAUUAUUUAUAGCGCAGUGUUAGACUGAAACUCGUGUUCACGUCUUGCAAGGCAGUUGAGUGUGGGAAAACGUUACACUUCCUACCUACACAUUGAUAAUUAUAGUUUAAGUCUCAUACUUUAUUCCGAGUGAUAAAAUACGAAUAACCGAAAAUAUACUGAGAUCUUGCCUAAUGUUUAAUAACCUCUAGCUAUUCUAUGUCUUUCAACUUGUUCUAUCUCACUUAAGAAAAUAAUAGAGAGAUGAGAAACGUUUUUCUUGAUGUAACUAUGGCAUGUGUACAUACACAGCUGAGAAAACCUUGAACAGUAGACUAUAUUUUUAUCAGUUAUUUGGGAAAUAGUAACCUCCUGUAGAAAACAUUCCUUAAUAACUUGUCGUUUCCUUUCUUUACAUAUGUGACUUCUCUAAUUAUAAUGAGAUUUUGUUUGUAGUAGAACUGUUACUAAGAUAAAGUUUCCAGUACAUUCUAGUUCUUUUAAAUAUGUACAUCUAACAAAUGAUCAAAUAAAAUAUUACCUGAAGUAUGUAAUAUGUGUAUGUUGUAAAUAAUUUGUAGAGGGAUUAUUUUCGCACAGAUUGCUGGAAUAUAUUCCUGUUAAGGGCAGAUAUUCUAAAAAAAUAGGUAGUGUGGAAGAUUCACGUCAGCCUUCCUGCUAUGUAUCGUAAUCCUCUCAAACUACUGGAUUUAGAGUACGAGAGGAAGUAAGACACAAAUUAGGUAAGAUAAAUAUAACCUCGUGUAUGUUCUGUACUGACCGUUUAGUUGAAAAUAAAACAAAAAUUCUGUUAACCAA